AAAACAAUACACAAUGAAAAUGCUGAUGUACAUUGUUGUGUUUGUUAUUCUCUUCAAUGGUUGCAUGGCCAACAAAGUAGCAAAUUCUCUGAUUCAAAAAUCUUGCAAAAACGUUUCAGAAUUUUUAUUUGUGGAACCUAUUCCACAUUUCGAAAAGGAUUGCAUUGCAUCUCUCAAAGAGAAUCCGGAGAGCCAGAAAGCGAGAAAUAUUGAUGAUCUGAUCUUGGUAGGAACGAAUAAUGCCAUAUCAUACUUAAAAAACGUGGACAGAACUGUGGAGAAGAUUAUAAAAGAGAAGAAAUAUAAGAGUAGCCUUAGUAAGAAGUUGUUGGAAGAGUGCCUUAAGCUUUACUCCAAGGGCGCUCACAUGUUAAACUCAGGUUUGAACAACCUCAAAAAGGGGAACUUCACGAAGGCUCAAUUUGAUAUUGGUGAUGCAGUUGAAGCACCAAUAUUUUGCGAGUUGAAAUUCAACGGCGACAAUCAACAGAUAUCUCCCGUCAAAAAAGAGAAUAAUCUUCUCUUAACAAUGAUCAACAUUCCUCGGGUGUUUAUUAUGAUAUAUCAUCAUUAGUCUAGUGGAGAUGAUAGGCCAGAUUUUAAAAAGAGGUGUUAAGUGACUUUUACUGAAAAAAUUACGAAAAUAUAAAUAGUUCUCAUUAAUAAUUUUGUUUUGUAUGUUAAAUUCUUCUUUGGUUGAUUAUAUAAUAAAAUGAUAUUUUCUGAGUCAAA